GCAGAAUGACCCCACAGUGCACAUGAUAUACCAUGCAAAGAAACUUUUAACUAAAGGUAUUUUGAAUGUCAUGACAUGUGCAGAAGAGCACAAAUUUUCAUCUGUUGCCAUUCCAGCAGUGAGCUCUGGAAUAUUCAACUUUCCAGUCUCAAUUUGUGCUGAUGUUGUAGUCACCACAAUCAAAAAGUACAAUGAACAUAAGAACCCCACAAGUCCUCCAUUUGAAAUACACCUGGUAAACAACGAUGAUCCAACCGUGAAGGAAAUGGAAAGGGCCUUCAAAGAGAUCCUUUUGGAGCCACUCUCUGAUGUCAGGAGGACAAUCGAGGGGCCAGAGGAUUCUCCAUCUACACUGGAAAGGACAGAGCACCUUGAGAGAAACACAACCGGUGUGACAAAGGACACUGCAUCACAGGUCAUUGAAAGUCUCCUGCACCACUGGGCCAUUCGGCUGAAUCUGGGGAAUAAUAUCUACAUUAUGAACCACUACACGAGCGGUGUGAUCCUCUAUGGAGAGAGAGAACUAAUCAGGAGACAAAGCUUGUCCAAGGUGAACUUUGACAACUACCGAGCCAUUUUAUCCUUUGUGAACAUUGGAAAUGUACACUGGAAGUUUCUGUACAUAAAUGCAGAUGACAGCUGUCUGUAUUUGGUCGAUCCUUCAAGAAACUCUUUGGAGCAGGAAGAGUCUGACCGUGCAGCCAAAAGAUUCCGUGAAUACUUCAAAAUGAGAAGGACAUGCUACAACAAAACAGACUGGGUGAAUGUGAGACUUCGAGGAGUACUGACACAUCCAUGUCAACGGGAUGGUUCUAGCUGUGGAGUAAUGGUCAUCAUGAUGGCCAAAGCAGUAAUGGAAGCAUUCCCAAAUAAACCAGAAAUGACAUUUUUGAUGACAAAAAAAGAGAUGGCCCAGGCACGAAGGACAUUUGCACAGACAAUACUUGAGGCCUCAGUAUUUGACAGUGACACCAUGUGUCAUGUGUGCAACAGCGAAACCACCCAAUCCAGGACCCUCCAUCACUGACUGGAUUCAGUGUGAUAACUGCAACUGCUGGUUCCAUUCUGAAUGCCUGGACAUGACAAAUGAACAGCUCAGCAGUGCUCAGAAGACAGAGUGGAAGUGUGUGCUUUGUGUAACCUAAUUCCACAUGCAGUUAAAGCUACUAGAAUAAUCUGCUUAUAGUUAUUAUUGGUGUUUUGAGGAACACAUGUGUAAAAGACAAUAAUGUAUAACAUUCUUGCUUUGAGCAUGUAUUUUAAGUAUUUCCUUUUUGAUUUUUUGGGUUGAUUUGUGUGAUGACAGAUAAUGAAUAACAAUAUAUCAAAACUGUAUAAUAGUAAUCUGAGAAAUCUGUAAUAUGAGAAAUGUAAUUUCUCACCCCGACCGGUCACGGCAGAUGGCCGCCCCUCCCUGAGCCUGGUUCUGCCGGAGGUUUCUUCCUGUUAAAAGGGAGUUUUUCCUUCCCACUGUCACCAAAGUGCUUGCUCAUAGGGGGUCAUAUGAUUGUUGGGUGUUUCUCUGUAUGUAUUAUUGUAAGGUUUAACUUAUUAUGUAAAGUGCCUUGAGGUGACUAUUGUUGUGAUUAAGCGCUGAAUAAAUAAUGUCUAAAACUAAA